CCUCCACGGCCUUGCUUUUGUAUGGACGUGCUUGCUGGGUUUGACAGCAGCGAGCAGGCAGAGCUGCUGAGGAACAAAACAAAGACGUGGCCGCCUUCUGAUUUAGUCUGGUUCUCCUCUUGCUCGCCACUUUCUCUCCUGAUCUCACCCGCUUGUCGUCCACCAGCACCUGGAGACAUGCUGGCUCCUGUUCGGACUGUCUUUAUACAGUCUGAUGAGUGAGCUCGCCGGCAGCAGCCCCUCCCAGCUCCGCGGCAAUUAUGGUCGACAUUGAGAGCCACUACCGCCCCCCCUCACCCCUGGAGGAGUCCGUGCUGGGCAGCCCGCUAUGUGCCACUGAUGAUGACUUCAUCGGCGGCAUGGAGGAGCUGCACGACAUCUCGCAAUCCAUCGACAGCAGCACACUCAGCUCCUACGACGUCCCCGAGUACCAGUCGUCCAGCAACGGCUCCGAGGGUUCCACCGUCUUUGACGCCCUGACCCCAGCGUCCAGCCCGUCUUCUGUGGUUUACGGCGUGGCGGCGGGCCAGGAGGACAUCUCAUCUUCCUCCUCGUCCUCCUCGUCGUUGCUCAGCCUGGAGUGUCGAGUGUGCGCCGACCGAGCCUCGGGCUACCACUACGGCGUCCAUGCCUGCGAGGGCUGCAAGGGUUUUUUCCGGAGGACCAUCCGUCUCAAGCUGGACUACGACAAGUGUGAGCGCCGCUGCAAGAUCCAGAAGAAGAACCGCAACAAGUGCCAAUACUGCCGCUUCCAGAAGUGCCUGUCUGUGGGCAUGUCCCACAACGCCAUCCGUUUCGGCCGCAUGCCACAGUCGGAGAAGCUGAAGCUGAAGGCGGAGAUGGUGACGGGGGAGCGGGAGGUGGAGGACCCACAGCUGGCUGACCAGAAAACUCUGGCUCGGCAGAUUUACGAGGCCUACCUCAAGAACUUCAACAUGAACAAGGCCAAGGCUCGCACCAUCCUCAUGGGGAAGGCCAGCACUCCGCCGUUCGUCAUCCACGACAUGGAGACGUUGCAGCAAGCCGAGCAGACUCUGGUGGCCAAGAUGGUGGGCUCGGCGGGGAUGCUGAAGGACAGGGAGGCGGAAGUGCGCAUCUUCCACUGCUGCCAGUGCACCUCGGUGGAGACUGUCACCGAGCUCACGGAAUUCGCCAAGUCCGUCCCGGGAUUCUCCGGCCUGGACCUCAACGACCAGGUGACUCUUUUGAAGUACGGCGUUUACGAGGCCCUCUUCGCCAUGCUGGCCUCCUGCAUGAACAAGGACGGGCUCCUGGUGGCGUACGGCUCGGGCUUCAUCACGCGGGAGUUCCUCAAGAGCCUGCGGCGGCCCUUCAGUGACAUGAUGGAGCCCAAGUUCCAGUUUGCCACCAAGUUUAACGCGCUGGAGCUGGACGACAGCGACCUGGCGCUGUUUGUGGCCGCUAUCAUCUGCUGCGGAGACCGACCCGGCCUGGUGAACGUGACGCACAUUGAGCGGAUGCAGGAGAGCAUUGUGCAGGUGCUACAACUCCACCUGCUGGCCAACCACCCCGACGACACCUUCCUCUUCCCCAAGCUGCUGCAGAAACUGGCCGACCUGCGGCAGCUGGUCACUGAGCACGCUCAGCUGGUGCAGGAGAUCAAAAAAACAGAGGACACAUCGCUGCACCCACUGCUGCAGGAGAUCUACAGGGACAUGUACUAAGGAACCAAAAGGAGGCGCUCAGUCCCCUUUUAUUGUUCCAUAAGCUAAGAGAUGGACCCCUGAACUACCUUAAACCUUGUUGCCACCAAGCAGCACAGUUUGGUACAAUGGUGCAGCGUGGCUUUCCAGCACUGAGUCAAAUG